CGUGGGUGUCACUCAUCCCCAGCUAGUGCAGAUCAGCCUCACCGGACACGCGGGGAGUUCGUUUUCUAUUUUCCUCAGUGGAGUCUUUCUGCUCUGAGCCGCCUGUGUCAGAGGGACGGAGGCAGGGAGCCCGACACAGGGCCAUAGAAUGGGGUGAUGAGGACUCUCCUCAGCUGACUUCAAUGCAGAUGACUAGUGAUGGCCACAGCAUCACCUCAACAUUUGUUGGAUGACAUAAUUAACACAGGACAAGAGCAACAGGAGCAGCCGGAGUUCUUAAACUCAGCGGAGACAAUUGUCCUCGGCAUCUUUCUCUCUAUCAUCAUUAUCAUGACAGUAUUUGGCAAUCUGUUGGUCAUGGUAGCGCUCUGCAAGGACAGACACCUACGAAAGAAAAAGACCAACUACUUCAUUGUGUCGCUGGCAUUUGCUGACUUGCUAGUGGCACUGGUCGUGAUGCCCUUCGCUGCAAUUGAGCUCACUACUGGAGAAUGGCAUUACGGAGAGAUUUUCUGCUUGGUGCGAACGUCUCUGGAUGUCUUGUUGACUACGGCAUCUAUCCUACACCUCUGCUGCAUUGCAUUGGACAGGUAUUACGCGAUCUGCUGCCAGCCACUGGUCUACAGACACAAGAUGACCCCAGUGAGAGUUGCAGUCAUGCUCAGCGGCUGCUGGCUCAUCCCCAUAUUUAUCUCCUUCCUACCCAUCAUGCAAAGCUGGAACGCAAUCGGGAUCGAGGACAUCAUUGAAGAAAGGCGAGCCCUGACAGCAGGCUCCAACGAUACCAGCUGUGUGUUUCUGGUCAACCGGCCGUACGCCCUGAUCUGUUCUGCAGUGGCCUUCUACGUCCCGUUGGCCCUCAUGGUUCUGGCUUACCAGCGCAUCUAUGUCACCGCCAUGAGCCACGUACGUCAGAUUGAGACGCUUCAGCGUGCCGGUUCUGCUCCAGUCCCUGGGACAGAGCCAGUCGUCACAGUGAGGCCUUCCACCUCCUCAGAUCCACUGGAGCAUUACCACCUUAGGACAACAACGGGUUCCUCGUCAGAGCAGGCUCCCAUAGCAAAUAGCCGCAUGCGCAUCGAGACUAAGGCAGCAAAGACCCUUGCGGUUAUAAUGGGCUGUUUCUGCCUGUGCUGGGCACCGUUCUUCAUCACCAACGUGGUGGACCCCUUCAUACACUACUCAGUACCCUGGCAGCUUUGGACAGCCUGGUUGUGGCUCGGGUACAUUAAUUCAGGGUUGAACCCUUUCCUCUACGCCUUCUUGAACAGGGCUUUUCGGAGGGCGUUUCUUGUAAUUCUCUGCUGCGGGGAUGAGCGGUACACACGAAAGGGGAGCUGCUCGUAUGGACACACCCACAGAGCGUGCUCAGGCGCAUCAGUCAACGGGACUUCCAUGGCACUGAGAUGUCUCUGUCUCCCUCUUUCAGAUUGUCCUUCCUCCCGAACCGGAGCUACAGCGACAACGGACGGACGAUUCUGGCCAACGAGCAGGAGUCCCAGGACUCUCUGGGGCCGCUAUGAGGAUAACCUCCCCAACCGCGAGGCCGUGAUCCGACGUCCGAGUCGGACCUCUUGGCCUCUGUGAUCUCAGCAGUCUGCUGCGAGCUCACCUGCCCGAUCCAUUUAUGAUGACGCUGGCACACCUGGACGUCAUCCUUGUCUGACUUUAUAUUUAGAUGGUGUGAACUGUGCAGAUGGUCGGCUCUGACUCAUUUGGACAGAGUGAAGCGUGCCGGGACAAGUAUCGCUUAUAGUCAGACUGCAUACAUUCCAGGUGUACUCUGGACGUAAAACGUAAAAAAGAACUGUUUGUAACAUUGGUCCAGCGUCCGGGUCGCGAGGUUGGACAAAUCAAGUUAUCAGCAGUAGAAGAACUAAUCCACGGAAAACCUUCAAAAAUGUGAGACACAAGGUGCUUUUUCACAUCUGAGAUGGGCCGUAGCUUAAACAUAACUCAAAACAAGGUAUAACAGAGCCAGCCGCCAGCUCUAACAAACAUACUGUGUGUCAGCUCUUAUUAAAGUUUCAUUUAUCGUACCGCGCCGUGUUUACUUGCCUUUUGCCAGCUUUUAACUGCCUUCAUCGUCUCCAUGCUGUGAAACCGCUGGAUGAAAUGUUCAAGGCUUCCGCCCUUUAUUCAGCCGUGAAGCCAAAGACUGAGGACAGAACCAGACUUUUUGUUUGCGUUGUCAGUUUUAAAUCUGUUGUACUGAAUUUUACAUGAGCCUGGAAGCUUCAGUUGUCAGUGUUAAGGUUUUUUUUUUCUUUUUUUUUGUUCAGACAUCAGCGUCAUCAUCUUCCUGCAAGAAGCGUCAGCGAUGUUUUUACUUUUCUCAAAUUGAAUAAAAGAUUUUGUUCCAAAGCACUGAAAGUACAUACAUGCAACCUCUGGAUGGACGCUGUUGUACACGUUUCUAAAAAAACAAAAACAAAUGUAACCAAAAUGGUGAUUAGUGUCUGUGAAUGAGAACGGUUUAUUACGUUCCUAAACCCGUAAACGCUUCUGUGCGUGAAAAUCCUUUAGACAGGGGACAAAAGAUACCUUUAAACACGAACGCACAAUUCAGAGCAGUUUAUAGACACAGCAGCAACUUAAGAAAACCUCAUACAGUACGUAGUGUGAAGCAGAGCUCAGAAGCCACAAGUUAAAUGGUCCUUACUCUGGUUGGGCGAAGCUAAGGCUGCACCUGCAGGGGAGCAGCUAAAAGCCCCAGAGACGAGGCUGAAAACACGCCUGUGACCUUCUGUCGCAGACUCACUUCACCCUGGAGUUUUGCCUUGAGGCCCCUGAAAACCUUUUCCAAUCAUGUAUUUCUCCCCAACAUUCAAUAUUUAUGAUGAAAGGAAUGUGAGAGUAAAAAG